AUGUCAGAUGAACGUAACUUACCAAAUAAUGAUAAUGAAAAUCAACAAUUAGGUGUAGAAAAUGAAUAUAAUUCAACGGUAACAAAUGAUGAACAAUCAAUUGCCCUGUCACAAAUUGUUACAGAUGAAAUAAAUAUUGAUCCGCAUGGUAUAACAGAUCAACAAAUCAAUACACUUAUUGUCUAUCCACGAAAUUAUUUUAAAGAAAUAAUAAUAUCUCUUUUUUUGUGGAUAUUUAUCUUCUUUCAUCGAUAUAUCAAUCAGUUUUUGCAUUUAUUAAUAUUCUCAAAAAACUAUAUUAUUACUCAUUUAUUUGGAACAUACGAGAAACAAUAUGAUAUAGAAUCUCAUGAAACUCAACCAGGAUACUCAGAAUUACCUUAUCCUUUAUAUCGAGAUGCAGAAGCAGAAGGUCGUAGUGCUCAUCCAACGGAUGAACCUGUGACAUUUUCUUUAGCUACUACGAUUGUUGAAGUAAUUGAUGCUGAAUUCAUAAAUGCAGAUGAACACAAUAUACAUGUUAAUUUAAAUGAUGUUCCAUAUAUACAGCCUGUUUUAAAUAACGAAAAUGGUAACUUUAUUCCUCUAGAUAUACAAAAUGCUCCCAUUGGUCAUGAUAUAGCUGAUGAAGAUACUGUAUCUCAAGAUGCUAUUGAUAAUCCAACAUGUAAUAUCAAUCCUGUCCGUUCAGUCCAAUCUCAAGAUAACAUAAGUUCUGAUAAUAGCAGUGAUGAUGAGUGUACGAGUAGCUGUCAAAGUGGUUUUGAUAGCGAUGAUGAAGAUGAAAUAUCUGAUGAUGAUCUACAAACAGGUGCAGUUUUAUUAGUAAAUGAUGAUAUACAUACUAAUGUCCAAGAUAAUAGUCUUUCAAGUGGAGAAAAUCUAGUUCAUGAACAAACAAUUACAACAGGAACGUCAUCUAAUGAAGUCAUAGAAACUAUAGAAAAUGUCACUACUAUAACUGAAAGUAGCGUUUAUUUUGAUAGAAUACCGGUUAUUGAUUUACCAAAAAUAUUGGUUCCAAAAGUAUCUGGUGAUAUCCAGUCAAGUGAUGGAAUUGAAGAAGAGAGUAUUAUUUAA